CAGACUUGUGUUGACAAUGUAAAUAGUGGGAAAUAAAAAAUUUACGAUAUUGUUUCUAUUGGAAAAUGUAUAAAAAUGAUUAAAUAGUAUUAAGAUAAUAUGAAAUAUGCUUUAUAUAAAACGGCAGCCAUCAGUUAAUAUAUGAAUCUGAAAUCACUUAUAAUCAAAACUGUCGUUACAUCAAAAAUUCAAAUUUUUCUCCUUCGGAAUCCAGAAACAUUCUUUUAAAAUGACAAUGGAGAUUGAUCUAGCUGAUAAACAAAUGCAGCUUUUCAUAAAAGAAAUGCCCAAAAUUGAACUUCAUGCACAUCUAAAUGGAUCAUUAAGUCAUAAUACUCUUCAAAAACUGAUUGAACUAAAAGCAAAACAAAGUAAUGCAAAACAGGAAUUAAACUUAGAAAUUCCUAGUUUGUCAUCAAAUGAUCUUUCUGAAUGUUUUAAGGUUUUUGGUCUGAUACAUAAAAUAACUGAUUCAGCUGAAGCUAUUUAUAUGGCAACAUGUGAUGUGAUUGAAGAUUUUUACAAAGAUGGAAUCUGUUAUCUAGAAUUGAGAACUACACCAAAAGAAAGUGACCUGAUUGCUACACAGGAUAUAUAUGUUAAAACUGUUAUAAAAGCAAUUGAAGAUACUUGUUUUGAAAAAUGUAAAGGACUUUCUGUGAAACUGCUCUUAUCAAUUGACCGAAAAAGACCUCCAAGUUGUGCUGAAGAAACACUGAAAAUUGCAGAAAAAUACUUUACUGGUUUAUCACCUGUUAUUGGCAUUGACUUGAGUGGUAAUCCAAAUACUGGUGACAUCAAUUACUUUCUUCCUUACUUGGAAUAUGCAAAGAAAAUAGGCUUGAAACUAGCAAUUCAUAUAUCAGAAGUUCCUGGUAAUUUUGAAGAAGUUGAACGCCUCUUAAAAUUGGAACCAAACAGACUUGGCCAUGGAACCUAUCUACAUCCCCAAAAAGGCGGAUCUACAAAGAAUUUCGAACUCUUGAAACAGUUAAAAAUUCCUCUUGAAUUUUGUCUCACAUCUAAUGUUAUAAGUAAAACCGUUUCAUCAUAUGAAGACCACCAUUUGACACUUUUUAGAGAAAUGAACUACCCUUAUGUUUUAUGUACAGAUGACAAAGGAAUUUUCAACACUUCUUUAUCGAAUGAAUAUUACUUAGCUUCAAAAUAUUAUUCACUGUCUAAACAGGAUUUGUUUAAUUUAUCUUAUGAAAGUAUAGAUUAUAUUUUUUCUUCAGAAAUUAAGAAAAAUGAAUUGAAAAAUAUUUGGAAAAAAUAUAAAAGCUUAAUCUAGGUUUGUAUAUUUAGAUAUUAUAUUUCUAGUUUUGUGUGUGAAUGUAUCUAACCAAAUGUGAAAAAUUGAAGGGGUUUUAUAUAUAUUUAAUAAUAUUGAUUACAUAAAAUUAAAUGAAGUUAUGUAAUGGGAAACAACCAUUAUUUUAGGUAUUUUGAGUUUCAUCAUUAUAAACUGCAUAUCUAAUAUAAGUCAAUGUUAAUAUGCAGUUAAGUAUUGAUUAUCACUUUGAUUAUUUUAUAUAGUUUCUAAUAAAAAUUAAAUGCACCUUAUAAAUAUUAAGAACUACACUAGGUAAAUUGAUCAGUAUUCAAUAUUAUCGGCCAAAGCUAAUUUAACUGGCUCAUCAGUGAUUUCUUGAGUAUUAAAUUUUUGAUACAAAAACUUAGAUUUCAGCAAUUGAGAACAUAAUCUAAAAAGUGGUUGGUAAUUGAUGCUUUCUUUCUAAAGGCACUCCAAAAUAUGUAAUUUUAUGCUUUUUAAAAUCAAUAAAAC